AUGACGGAUUCGCCUGAGCCACAGACCCCCCCGGAGCGCGCGGACCUGCUCCGGGAGCUGACGGAGGCCGCGGAGGAGUACAAGAAGCAGCUGAAGGAAAUCUUUGAGACGCUGGGAUGGUCUCCAGACCUGGACGGCGCCGAGCCGGAACCGAUGGAGCAGUGUCCCUUUGACCCCGACCACAGGGUUCCUGUGAGGACCAUGGAGAAACACAAAGCCAAAUGCAAGUUGAAGAAAAUGGGCUACUCAGCUGAGGAGCAGGCAGAGAUGUACGACCCGUCAGUGUGUUACGAGAACACCACUGUCAGAACAUUUACAAUGGACAAAUCGAUCCAGCAUCAGGUGAUCCUGCAGGCGAGGUCUGCUGCGCCAAUGAUGAAGAUGGAGGGAGUCUUCUGGCAGGGUCAGUACUCCGGCCAGCCCGUCGACGUCCCUCAGAACCACAAGCGAGCCGUAUGCGACCUCACUGUCGCCGACCGAUUGGCUCUUUACGAUCACGUCGUUGGCGUUCUCAACCAGCAGAAGGAGGCGGCCUCUUCAGGCAACGAGGAUCUCUAUGUAGACUUAGUGUCCAAACUCCAGAAGGAUGAGAAACAGAAUGAACCAAAGACUCACCUGGAGCUGAUGGCAGAGAUGAGGGACUACAAGCGGCGACGCCAGUCCUACAGAGCCAAGAACGUUCACAUUACCAAGAAAUCCUACACCGAGGUGAUCAGAGAGGUGAUCAACGUCCAUUCAGAGGAACUGGCCAGGCAGUGGAAAGAGGAAGCGGCUGACGAGGAGGCAGCGAGAGCCGAGCAGUCCUCCAGCAGGCGUGGGACAAAUGAAAGGCGAUCGGUCUCCUCAGAGUCCCGCCACUCACACGGCAAACGCCACCGCAGCCGAGAACGAAGCCACGACAGAGACAGUAAGAAGAAGAAGAAAAGGAAGGAGAGGGAUUCUCGCUCACCAGAUGACCACCAUCACGAUCGCAAGAAAAAGAAGAAGAAGAAGAAAGAGGAGAAGGAGAAGUGAGGUCGCUGAUCGUCCUGACCUGAACGGGCUGGAUAUGGCUGGUUUCACUGCAUGUAGUUUACACACUGAGAUGUUUUAAUAAAAGUUCUGGAAAGCAACAGCUUGAAA